CCACACAUUGAAAUAUUAUUUAUUAGCCACAAUUUUAGAGAUAUCUUGCCAUCCGGAUCUACGAAUCGUCAGCUGUGUCGUUCAUCUCACCAUUGGACCAUUUUGGCGUCGCAAUGGACAUGAUGUACGAUCCCCAUCUGGGUAGUAGUGGCCACAACAGUCGGCAUGAUCAAGAAGGAUCCUUACUGCAAGAGUUAGACAAGAUUGCACCCAUUAAGAGUUUUGAUGCUUUUCCGAAGGUUCAAUCGACCUAUGUUUCCCAGUCGAGACAGGGAGGUGUCUUGACUGCUAUUGUGUCCCUCCUAUGCAUCGUCCUGGUCUUGAACGACCUUGGCGACUAUCUGUAUGGUCCACCAGACUAUGCAUUUCAGGUCGACCACGGAGCAGAGACUGAGCUACAACUCAACGUGGAUUUAACCGUUGCUAUGCCCUGUCAUUAUUUAUCCAUAGAUUUGAGGGAUGCGGUAGGAGACAGGGUCCACCUGAGCAACGACUUUGUCAAGGACGGCACUUCCUUCAAUGUCGGGAAAGCUUCAUCACUCAAACUCGCCGCACCUACAAAUCCCUCGGCCUCUGAAGUCAUCUCCUCCGCUCGUCGUCGGACGCCUAAUCAGCGCGGUUCAUUCGCUGGACUUCGCCGUCUCUUCGCAGCCCCAGGAAGAGCUCACCAUACCGGGUAUCGACCGACUGAGCUGGUGAAGAACGGCCCAGCUUGUAGAAUAUACGGCAGCGUGAAUGUCAAAAAGGUCACCGCUAAUCUUCAUAUCACCACUCUCGGUCACGGAUACAUGUCAAUGGAGCACACGGAUCACUCUCUCAUGAAUCUUUCGCACAUCGUUCAUGAGUUCUCAUUCGGUCCGUUUUUCCCAGCGAUCUCUCAACCCCUCGAUCUCAGCAUGGAAAUUACCGAUAAACCGUUCACAAUCUUUCAGUACUUCUUGCGCGUCGUGCCCACAACUUAUAUCGACUCAAGCCGCAGGAAGCUGGUCACUUCUCAGCAGUACGCCGUGACAGACUAUUCCAGAUCAUUUGAGCAUGGGGGUGGAAUUCCCGGCGUUUUCUUCCGAUACGACCUAGAUCCGAUGUCACUGACAAUCAAAGAGAGGUCGACUUCUUUCUACCAAUUCUUCCUCCGCCUGACGGGAGCUAUAGUGCUCUGUGCAGGUGGUGUAUGGACCGUUGCAGCAUUUGGCAUGCGGAUAGUCAACAGAGCCCAGAGACAGGUGAAGCGCAUGGGACAAAAAGAUUCCUUUGAAUCGAGCUCGUACAGUAGCGGGACAUCAUUGUCGCAACGUAGAGUGUCUAGAGGCAACGGGGUGCUGGGCUGA